AUGCCACGGGAUCUCAUAGCGGAUAAGAAGACGCUGGAGGAUAUGCCGCCGCUGUCAAAGGAACCUGCCGCAGACAGCCCCGAAGAUCCCAACCCAAUGCCGUCGCUCUAUCAAGUGCCCACCAGCUUCAUCGAGGACCGCUUCAAGCGCAUGACCGACUUGCAUCCUUUUGCUUCGUUGCUCAACCAGGACGAUCUGGAUGACUGCGACUGGCUGGAGCACACCGCAUUUGACGAGAAUGAGGCGGCGUCGCGGGAAAAGAUCGCAUACCGUCUGACAGUCUGCGGCGAGCUAAGCACUGGUCUCUUCUCCUCUGCCUACCCCACUGUCUCCGGCCCCCUCUCUAAAUUAGUAAAAGCUCGCAAGGACUUCCCGUCGGUAGACUCUGCAGACUCAGACCGCAAAAGGAUACUAAUGGGCCACAUCAUAGCCACCAAGUUCAAGGGCAGCAACCUCGUCACAGAUGACGCCAUGGCUUUUCCUUCGGACUGGAAGACCAACUACCAGUUCGGCCCAUCAACCGGUCAUCAUGAGGAAGGCGACACGAUAUGUUUGCACUCGCUCUGUGUGCACCCAGAUCUCAAUGGCAAGGGCCUUGGUGGUGUGUUGUUGAGGGCGUGGACGCAGCGGAUGAAGGACGCCGGGCUGGGGAAACGAAUUGCACUGAUUUGCAGAGAGCGACUGAUCAAGUUCUACGAAAGCGCGGGGUUCAAGAAUGUUGGGCCGAGUGUGUGCCAGUACGGCGGAGGCGGCUGGAUAGACAUGGUGAUGGAAUUUGACAGUGUGAGCCACGAUGAAGACAUCUAUCCUUGA